UCCACGACGCCAGCUCAACAAGAUCGGCAGAGUUGCGGCGCAUCGCCCGAUCACUCGCUCCCUCGUGCGCUCUCUCUCUCUCUUGCUCCAUCUCUGUCUCUCGCUCCCUCUCUCUGUCUCUCUUGCUCCAUCUCCGUCUCUCGCUCCCUCUCUGUCUCUCGCUCCUCAUCAGCAGGAACCUCCGAGCACGCGAUCGGAGUGACACACGCAUGUCCAGGCUGUGGUGCUCCGGCACAGCACGGGGGUGGCUGCUCUACCGACGUGUUCCGACUGCCACGCUCGUCGUGUUCUCUGUUGGCGUCUGUUUGUGUUGUUGUUGUUGCUGCUGCUGCUGCUGUUGUUGUUGUUGACGGGCGCUCGCGUGUCUCAAAAUCGCCCCACGAGAGGCGGGCAAAGGGGCUGGGCGAGGAUGGAUGAACGAGCUGACUGACGGCCGCUAGGGAGGUGGACGCGAUACGAGAGGCGGCGUGAAAGCGAAGUUGUGAGCGCGUCUAGAGGAGGAGAUCCGAGGCGGUGGCGGUGGUGGUGGAGGAGCGAAUGGAACAAGAACUCCCGUGGCACAAGACAGAGGACAUCUGCCGAGUGAUAUAGCCCGAAGCUUCGUGGACAGCACCAUCGGCAUCGCCUGGCGCGACGAACAACAGCAGCAGCAUCAUCAUCACAAGCAGCAGCCGCGUCAGCAAAGUGCGGACAGCGAAGCGACCGAGAGAAUCGACGAUGCAUCAUCAGCGGCGGCACCACGGAGGGCACUGAAUGAGGAUCGUCACCGCGGGUAACGGCAAAGAUCGGCAGAAGUAAACAGCAGAAGCGACAUCGACAACAGCUGCCUCAACCACAGAACCAACAGCUUUAGCAGCAGCAGCAGCAGCAGCAGCUGGACAGCAUCGCCAACAGCAGCAACGACGUUGGCACCACGGCGUCAUCAUCAUCAUCAUCAGCAUCGGCGUUGUCAACAGCGCAAUAAGCGGUGACCAGCAGCUACAGCGCCAUCGAAAGCGGAAGCACAAGCGAUAUCGACACCGUCAGAAUCAUCAUCAUCAGCAGUAGCAGCAGCAUCAUCAGCAGAAGCAACAGCAGCAGCAUCAGCAGCAACAGCAGCAUCACCAUCAUCAUCAGCAGCAGUAGCAGCAUCAGCAGCAGCAGCAUCAUCAGCAGUAGCAGCAGCAGCAUCACCAUCAUCAGCAGCAGCAACAGCAGCAGUAGCAGCAUCAUCAGCAGUAGCAGCAGCAUCACCAUCAUCAGCAGCAGCAACAGCAGCAGUAGCAGCAUCAUCAGCAGUAGCAGCAGCAGUAUCAGCAUCACCAUCAUCAGCAUCACCAUCAUCAGCAACAGCAGCAGCAUCAUCAUCAGCAGCAGCUGUAGCAGCAUCACCAUCAGCAAGAGCAGCAUCAUCAGCAACAGCAGCAGCAUCGCCAUCAUCAGCAGCAUAAUCAUCAGCAAGAGCAGCAGCAUCAUCAGCAAGAGCAGCAGCAUCAGCAGCAGCAUCAUCAGCAAGAGCAGCAGCAUCAUCAGCAUCAGCAACAGCAGCAGUACCAUCAUCAGCAGCAGCAGCAUCCGCAAGAGCAGCAGCAGCGAGGAAGAGGAUGACAGCGCCACGUCCACGGGGCGAGCGCGGCUGGCGAUGGAGACUAGCAGCGGAGCGAGCCUGACCCAACCCAGAGGCCGUCGCCUCCUCCUCGUCCUCCUCCUGCCAGGAGCGACCUCCACCCAGCGCCGCUGACACCCGCGUUGUCCUCAACCCACCACCACACUCCACGGGUUCGACUCCACCACUCUCUUCGCCCUCGCAUGGCUACGCUUUGGACGCACAUCCGCGCGUGGAACAGGAGGCGCGCCUCGCUGGGGUGGCAGCAGCGGCAGCAGCCCCAACUCGCGCUGCUGUGCGUCUCUCACUGCCUGCUGCUGCUGCUGAUGAUGAUGCUGAUGCUGGUGCUCGGGACACCGUCGAGUCAAAGCCACGCCGCAGACGCCGCAGCUGCCCCCGUCACCGCUGUGAAGGUCGUGGCCGGGAAAAUGUUCACGCUGAGGAAUUGCCCCGGAGCAGAGACCGGAGCGACGGCAUCUCCCUCGCCUGUGUGCCGUGCGGACGGGCACCGCGGCCCCCCCUCUCUGCCGGAUUGGCUGCUCUGUGAUCCAUCUACGUCGGGCCUACGGGGAGUGCCCGUCGACUCGGACCGCGGGAGCCACACCGUCGCCUCGUGCUGCCCCGGGACCUUCUCUGUGCACGUGCUCGCCGAUUGGGAGUCGCCGCGAGCCUGGCUCUUCCAAGAUCCCUCCUCCAGUCCGCCCAAGAACGGGGCAGGCACAUCCGGCGUAGAGAUGGAGCGCUGCGCAUCGGGCUCCUCCGCUGCCACCUUCGCGUCGCUGGUGCUCGAGGGCCGGGCCGAGUCCCUGAGCGCCGAGCGGCGGCUGCGGCUCAUCUCGGUGCUGGCCCGCUACCUGCGCCUCGACCCCUACGCCGUGACGCUGGCGCCACUCGGGACGCCGUCGCAGCUGGCGCGCCUCAACCGCAGCGCGGUCGCCGCUAGUGGGGCCUUCGGGCCACGAGACGAGACCGGCCGGGCUGCGAGCCGUAAGGCCGCGCUGCCGACCGGCGGCGGCGGCGCUGGUGGGCCGGAGGAGAGUGCCGGUGCUUCGGGGCCAGUUCGGCUCCGCCUCCGAGACGCUUCGGAGCGCGAGGCGUCGGGCCCCGAGACGUUGGGCCCAGACCCGCGGGGCCGUGAGCUGCCGGGGCCGGAGGGCGGCCUCACGGAGGUAUCGUGGCCCGUCGCCUGCGGCCCCUUUGAGCCGGCCACGGAGCUGGCCCAGGUGCUGUCGCACAGCGUCGCCUCGGGCCGGAUGUCCGACGUGACGGGCCACGCAGUGGUCGGCUGGCGGGUGCUGGUCGAGAGCCGCGGCAGCGGCGGCGUCGAUGGCGCCGACGCCAAAAGCGGCACGGCAACGUCGAGGAAGAGGAUGCUCACGGCCACGGCCACGCCGGUGCUCAUGCCGGCGACGACGAGGCUCCUGCCGGCGUUUGAGGCCGCCGCCAGUGAUGCCGAGGGAGCGGUGGCAGUUGCCGCGUGCUGCGGUUUCGGUGUCGCCGUCGCCGCCGCAACCGCCGCCGCAACGGAGCUCUCCCCAUCCCCCGUGCGCCUCUCCACUCCGCCCUCUGGCGAUCAGACGGAUUCAGACUCGUCGACCCAAGCCCCCUUCCCGAGCACGUGGCCCAGUCUGCAUGACGCACAGGGGGUGGCCCGACCCGACGGCGGCGUCGCGCUGACGGGUCUCCACAGCUCAACGGUGCCCGUCGUCGGUGACCGCGCGUCGCCCUUUCCUCUCGCGCCACCCACGGUCCCCAUCGCCGGCACGCCGGCGUAUCCGUGCACUCCGACGGUGGGCCACUCCACCGGCGCCGGGCGCUCCAGUAGAACGGCUCCUCCCCCGUCGUGGAGAGGUUCUCCAUCGCUCGGCAAGACAAUCGCACGCGCGUCCCAGCCUCGCUCCGGCCGCGUCGCGCCGUCGUCCGCGCCGCCGGAGUUGCCGUCAACCCGGCUCGGCACCAAUGCCUCCCGGGACUUGCAGCACCGGCAAUCUGAGCCUGCGAGUCUGAGCGGCACGGGACGCUAUGAAACAAAUUGGCCGGGGGUGACCCCGUCGCUAUCCGAUGCUGUGCUGUGGCUCGAGGCGAUGGUGAGACCAUCUCUUCUCUCGCCGGUUAUAGCCACGACCGCUGGCCCUGCCGUCUCGCCGCCAGUGGCGACAUCGCCCAUGGUUUCGUGGCUGAGCGCAACGGUGCCGGAGCUCACGCCGAGUGGCCAGCCGGUGCCAGCAGCAGGCGGCGGGCAGGCGGGGCAGCCGUCCUGGUCGUCGUUCUGGCAGCGGACGCCAGAGAUGAGUUUGGUGACGACGUGGCAUGAGCUGGUGGGCCGAGCGGGCUCACUCACGCAGCUACCACCGCCGCCGUCAUCUCAGAUUAUUCAGAGUUGCCAGCCUCAGCGGGCGAGACACCCCGUGUCGUUUCCUGCUGAGUGGAGUGGCUCGACGGAGGACGCAGACGUUUCCUUUGCGCCGAGCGCGACGCAGGGUUCAGACUGCUCCUUCGGGGACUCGCUGCACGACGGCUCGCCGCUCGGGCACGGAACAAUGGAACGCACACGUUCGCUGUCACCACAGCGUAGUGGCACGGCCAUGCCCCACGACUUUUUCUCUUCUGUUUAUGCAGCCGAGCAGGCCAGAGAUGCAUCAUCGGUCUAUGAAGUACAACAUUUGGAUGAUUCGCAGCACGGAUACAGAACGGAGAAGCCGGUGCACUCGUCGCCGAUUUACGGCACAAUCUCUCCCAGCGAUUCACUCAGCGCUCACACGAUGGAACGAGCCACUGAUGCCUCGUCCCUUUUCAAAACGCGACAGCGAGGCGAUCCGUCGCUCCUCUCUUGUGCGGCAGGGCCCACUGAAUCACCUCCCGUGUACACAGCGGAACGGCGUGGGGAUUCAUCGUCUCUCUGCACGACGGCGCAACUCGAUGACUUACCCUCCGGCCGCUCCUCCCCCCACGCCACACGCCAACCAACUCCUUCACCGUUGCUUUACGAAACGGAGCUGCUCGCCACCAGAGCCCAGCCCUCACGGCGGACGGAGCGAGCCGGCGAUGUGAUUUUCCUCCGCGAAGUUGGCGGCACCGGCAGCCCUCCGGCAAAAACUUUCGGGGCCCAACGGACCACUUUGCUCGCGGCGGAAGCGGGGGCAGUGCUUUCCCGCGUGCCGGCCGCAUCUCAGCAGAGUUUCUCCACCGCUCCGAGCACCGCCGACAGGGGUGCCGUCCCCGGAGGAUGGGGUCACGGAACCGGCACAUCCGUCACGGUGACCUCCACCCCCAGCCCGGCGUCCGAGACAGCUCCGCUCGGAAGAUCGAUGGGACCAAUUCCAGCGUCCUCAGCUCUGCUGUGGGAUGCAUCGCUGAGCCUUGCUUCCGAUUUGCUUCCAUCAUUCAUGCCACCGCUGCCCGCCGACUUGACUUAUCGCCAGCCUCGCGAGCGCUUUACCACCGCAGCAGCCGCCUCCUCCUCCUCCUCCUCCACCCCCUCCGCUGGGAGCGACUCCCCGGCACCGCCGGCGACUCCCGGUGGCGCCACGGGACGAAGGGGCGGGGUCCAGCCUCCGCGAUCCGACUCCGGCGCCCGUCCUCACGGCCCGGCCAAGUUCGACACCGGGUGCGGACGGGGGAGUUGCGGCAUCGAUCCAGCCGAGCCUCCGUUCCUCCACGUCUCCCGAGUUCCGGUUGUCACGCACGGCCGUUGCCAGUGAUGCCGCCGCCACUGGCGCCGCUGGCACCACCAGUGCCAUGACGACCGGGGAACCGGUGCCAGUGGAGGGCAGCGUCGUCGGGAGGAGAAUUCGUUCGAGCUGGGGGGCCUGUGCCCCCCCCUGCGAGUCUGACCGUCGCUCCGUCACCUCGCUCUGCCCGCACGGAGGAGACCCCAGCGUUGGCGAGCGCAGCGACGGUUACCACGGCAAUGCUCUCGGCUCCCAGCAUUCCCGGGAAAUUUGCGGUGAUGACCCCUGACCACGGCAACGAGAGGUCACCAAACGCGGUCCCACAUGCGUCCAAGACUGCCGGUACAUCGCUCUCGAAUCACGCUCGCUCGUAUUUUUUUUCUUUUCGCAUCGUUGUCUGGAUGUGGAGGCGCCGGUCAAGGUAUCAACUUUUUUGUUUACGUUUUUUUAUGUUUGG